GUCCAUUUUUUAUGUUUUUCGUCAGUUGCAAAUUCGUAGCAAGCCGAAUCGAAAACCACUUUGUGUCUUGCUUCCAAAUCCAAAAUCCGGAUGAGAUUUUCCACCGUCGUUCCUCGGUCAUUUUCCGGUAGUUUUGGUGAGAAUCUAAUUUCUUAGGAGUGAUUGGGUCCCCCGGGAGGUGCUUCAAGGGACCAAGUUUUCUGUCGGAUUGAUUUUUCUUUUAACUUUGUUUGGCGAAAUUUAAGACGAAAUAAAACUUGAUCCGUGCAAAAAUGAAUCGAUUGGCGAAACUUCGCCGACAGAGCAGUCGUUUGUCGGCUGGUCUUAAUUCGAGCAGUCAAUCGAUGGGUGGUUCUGGGGGAUAUGAAACGGCCAACGACGAGAGUAUCACCUCAACCAAUUCCCUUUACUAUUCGGUCUCGGAACAACCAGAUACACCUAUUAAAAAUAAGGACGUUACCGAUGUUGCAAUUCAGGCCGAUGAGAAAGAUCCCGAGAAAACGCUAGCCAAUUUGACGGAUCCGCUUGGUAACAUCGUUAAAGACAGUUCGAUCGAUGCCACUUUGGAGAACGACUUCUCUGUUGAGGAAGUUAGCACGAUCCGGAAGCCAAUGCUGAUGCAGGCUUCUCCGGCCACGGUAAAAAUUGCGAGCAAAAUGGUCGUUAAGUAUUUGGGUGUUUCUUCCACCCCGGCCAAAGCUUUAAAGAGCGCUCAGAAAACCCCCAAAGGAAGCUCGCAGAAGAAUAUGAGUGGAAUUGUCAUGUUGGAUGAUUCGGACGAGAAAAAAUCUAACUCGUUGAUGGGCAAAUUCAGGGAGCCCAAGCUAUCGGAAUGUUCCGAGGAAGCAGAAGAUUCGAAGCUGACGAUGGACAACAGCGUUCAAUCGGUGGUCGAUGGCCCAGGGGUUUUGGUCGCAGGGAACAAAUCGUUUGGAACGAAUGUUUUGUCCAACUUUUUCGCUACGUUGGAUGUAAAUAAGCAAACUCCGGUUGCGGUUUCGGCCCCGGAAAUAAGACUGACAGAAGAUACAAUAACUUCACAGGACAAGGUUAGCCCACCGAAUGUAAAAGGACGUGAAACUAAUACGCUUCAGAAUUUCUUUGAUUCUCUGAAGAAAAAUCCUGAACCCAACAAGGAAAAUCAACCGGACCCGAAGCGAAAAUCUUCCGUACGUAAAUCGUUGAUUCCGAAACACUCGGAAGAACGGGCUAAAACGCGAUUGUCCCAGCUGGCUGGCAACAGGGUGGCAUCGCCCAUCGUAAGACCUCCUCGAAAAUCAUCAAUCAUCAAACUGAUUCCGGAACGGUUGAAGGAAAUGCGCAAAGCCACCACACCACAGUCCAACGAGCUGGUUCAAGUUGUAAACCGUAAAAGCGUCAUUCCUUCACCUGCAACUGUCACUGAACCAAGAGUUCCGACACCCAAAAAACCUGCCACAGAACCAACGGAACCGAUUGGGGAUUCGCAAAGAAUCAAACCAAAAAUUCCGCUAACCGGAAUUCGAAAAUCAAUCAUUCCUCCUCCGGUAACCAAGAAAUCACAUCCGAAGCCCAAAUCUCCGAUGGCAGCCAGAGGCGGUACCACAACAAAUGUGGCAACUACUGCUGCCUUGAAGAGGAAAUCCGUGGUUCCGACAGCUUCUCGACGAUCUGUGCUGCCGGCCACCACCGGCGUUAGACGUUCUGUGAUGACAACGAAUGCGACAGGCGUUGCUGCGGGAAUAGCUCAACCAACCAGCAACCGAGCUUUGUCAGUUCAAAGCCGACUCGGCAAACGAACCAGUUCAGCCGGUCCGCAGGAACCUGCCGAACCGGUACCACCGAAGGUGUCCCGCAAAUCACUGGCCCCGAUCAAAGAAUCUAUCCCGGACAAGUCACCCCGAGACGUUGCCUCCAAACCAACAACGGCUGCACCAUCACGCAUACGACCACCAACGACAAGCGGUUUCAAGGCACCGCAAAGCUUCUCCUGUGACCAGUGCCAACGAUCGUUCCGUUUCAAAACAUCGCUCGAUUCGCAUAAGAAAACUACCCAUGGCAGCGACGCAUCUCCCGGAUCCAACACAAGCAACAAGCGAAACGACUCGGACAGUGUCUCGUCCACGGCAUCGAUAAACCCCGGAAGCGAUAACAAGUGCCGGUACUAUGCUCUACACCGCACCGAACUAUAUUCCGGAUUGGAUAACCGGCGGGGGAAAUCGGCGUUUAUUCAAAUCGGCGAAAGUAACGAAAAAGGAUGGUUACACUGA